AUGUACACCAUCCCACCCACCCAAACCACACCACCCCACACCACCCACCCCAAACCACACCCCCACACCAUCCCACCCCACUCACCCCAAAACCAAACCACCCCACACCAUCCUACAUCACCCACCCCAAACCACACCCCCCACACCAUCCCACCCCAAACCACACCCCCACACCAUCCCACCCCACUCACCCCAAAACCAAACCACCCCACACCAUCCUACAUCACCCACCCCAAACCACACCACCCCACACCACCCACCCCAAACCACACCCCCACACCAUCCCACCCCACUCACCCCAAAACCAAACCACCCCACACCAUCCUACAUCACCCACCCCAAACCACACCCCCCACACCAUCCCACCCCAAACCACACCCCCACAGAGAUCGUUGGGGCCUCUGCCCAACACAGAUCAUUUCCUGCACUGAAAUGCUGGAAAUCUCCAGCUCAGACCGAGUGAGUCAGAAUAGGAAUCACUGA